AUGAAGGACUUAUCCUCGGCCGUCGGCUUCGCGGCGAAGCUGAAGCCAGAGAUCAGGCUCGCCCAGGCCAUUUCGGAGUUCAACGCUUCUCUCAGCAACAAGAACCAACGCGCCAGAUUCAAGAACUUGCAGUCACAAAGCCCCCCUAGUCCAGACGACAUCAUUAGGCUCACUGAGGAGAUCAACAGGGAUGGCGCUCGAGCUCACCGAUCAUGGAGGCCAUAUGGCACUCGACUUGUGGCCAUCCUGGAACGCAUGCGCCAAUUUGCUCCCAUCGGCGAUGUUCUGGUGGGAGGCUCACAGAACCUCAUUGCUUGCGGUGUCUGGGCCGUGGUUCGCUUGUCUCUUGAGACAUCACUUUCCUUUCUGUCAUACUUCGAAAAUGUCACGAACAUGAUGCUAAGACUGGGGCAAUCCUUGUCCCUUCACAAAGAUUUCGCCAUGUUAUUUCCCAGGUGCUCGACCCUUCAAUCCUACAUGUGCGAGUACACCAUCGUCAUGGUCAACAUCUACAAGAAGAUUGUGCACGAUUGUGCCAAGUCUGCCCUAUCCCAGCUUGCAGCGUCGUUUACAUCCACCUUCGACGCGGUUUUUAAACCGCUGGAGUCAGACCUCACAACCUGGGCCCAGUUAAUCGAGAAACGUGCGACAAUCCUCUUUGCCAAAGCCGAUCUCCAAAGCCAUUCAUCACUCUUGGAGCGAUUCAAUCGACUGCAGGUCACCAUGUCACGAGAGUCCGCAAUUCAACAAAAAGAUACGCGCAAGCAUCAGCUGCUUACCUCUCUGUGCCCGAAUCAAGGCGAGUUCAACCUCAUCUGGCGAAGGGAAAGGAAGAGAGGCACGUCAAGCUGGAUGUAUGAGACAGCUGCGUACAAGAGCUGGCUAUCCUCCAAGGCUGAAUCCGUCCUUUGGCUCAAGGGUAACCUUGGGUCAGGAAAGACGGUAACAAUGGCUGCUGCCGUUGCUCACCUGACCUUGACCGCACCGUCCAUGGAUCCCCAGGGCGCUGUAACUGUGUCAUACUUCUUCUGCCAGAGUGGCAACCCAAAGACCCUAUCUGCCAGCACGUUGCUAGGUAGCAUUGUAGGACAGGCAUUGCAAAAUCCUGCUCUGGAGCCUUCACUCAUGUCAUUCCUCAAGCAACUAGAAACAGUUCCAUAUGCUCACGCAAUGCCUGAAGAGUACAUUGACAUCUUGCUGAAAGCAACACCCUCCAAUUGGAGAGGAAUCUUUGUGCUUGACGGGCUUGAUGAGAUGCCCCAAGAAGAAGUAGACGACAUUUUCGGCCAAUUACACCAUCUGCGAGAGCAUCGAUGGAUGGAGGACAUCUGCCCUAGAUACACCCAAGAGCUGCGAUCAGACGCGGAAAUUCUCGACAUAUUGGGUAACCUACCAAAAGACCUACCGGGAGCGUUCGAAAAAGCGCUGUCGCGGAUGCGCGACGGAAAAUACGGCAGUAAGCUCUUCAAGUUGGUCGCGUCAGCAGAGCCACCUCUAAGCAUGGACGAACUACGCGUGGCGUCCAAUGUCGAACCAGGAAACACCACUUGGGACAACUCAACACUUUCAAGGUCUGGGAAAGCACUCAUUUCGGCUUAUGGAGGCAGCCUGCUGGAUAUUGACGAGGAGGAUUUCCGUGUCAGGUUUAUCCACUACAGUGUGCUUCUACACCUCACGACUCCUUCCUCAGAUGUCAAAACUCAUGCCUUUCACUUUGACCUCGAAGAAGCAGAAAGAGCCCUCGGAGCCGUCUGCGUCACCUACCUGAACUACAGUGUUUUCGAGAACCGAGUAUCGACAGCGCAGAAAGUCUCUUUUGGACAAGUGCCUCACGCGACGGCUGGGUCGGUCAUGUCGUCAGAAGCAUCCCGCAAAGCCUUCAGUCUACUGGCGAAACACAAGCGUCGCCGUGAUCCCAAAGUCGACUUGGAAAGGCUAUCGUACAAAUUGCAGAGCGAAAAGUGGAGGGUGCGUGACGAUGUUCACCUCUUCCUUGACUACGCACGGAACAAAUUCAUUGCCCUGGGGCUCGGUGUCCGAGGCAGCGGCUUGGGCCCUUAG